CCCCACAGAGGAGAGACUGCAGGUAGAGGUCGGAGCCUUGUCGUCGACGGCCGAAAGUAGAGAAAGAAUAAUAUCCGUUAGCGGUGGACUCCCUCACUCCUCUUCGUCGUUCCCGUGGCACUGCGCAGCACACGGCCGUGAGCAGAUAGUAGUCUGUUUUUUGAAAUUGAACCGACUUCACCGCGGUGGCAGCAGAAGAGGAAGGAGGUCGUAGCAUCCUGCUAAUGUUUGUCACAGCAGCAGCAGCAGCAGCAGCGACUUAAACGGAUUGUUUUUAUAGUUUUGAAUAUCCCACAUGUUCAUGUUGCUGUAAGAAGCUGUGUUGCAAACAGGUGGGACAUUUCAGGGGUUUUAUUUUUUUCUUUUCUUUGAAAAAAAUAAAUAAUUAUAAUAAUAUGACAGAUCCAGCAGAGAGCAGAGGCAUCAUGGAGGAUUCCUUCAAAAAGGUGGGGGAGGUGAGAAGCCUCAUCGAGAAGAUCUCCCGCCAAGCGGAGGAGGUGGAGAGAGGUCACGGCGCCAUCCUCUCCUCUACGAACCCAGACAGGAGAAAUAAACACAAGCUGGAGCAGCUGAACAGAGAGAUCAAGAAGAACGCCCACUCCGUCCGAGCCAAGUUAAGAUCUAUGCAGAAAAACUUCCCUGUGGAGGAGAACGGUAAUAAUGCCUCAGUGAUCCAGCGCAUAGAGAAGAACCAGCACUCACACCUGACUCGGUGGUUUGCAGAAGUCAUGCGGAGCUACCACAACGCCCAGAUAUCCUUCAGAGAGAAAUGCAAAGCGCAAAUUCAGAGACAGCUGGAAAUUGUGGACAAAUCGACAACAGAUGAAGAGUUGGAGGUGAUGCUGCUCCGUGACAGUCUCACCAUCUUCAUAUCUGAUAUCAACUGUGACACUCGAACUUCAAGCGAGGCUCUGAGUGAGAUCGAAUCACGUCAUCAGGACAUCCUCUGCCUCGAGUCCGGCAUCAAAGAGCUGCACGAGAUCUUUACUGACACGGCCAUGCUGCUGGAGAGUCAGGGGGAUUUGAUCAACAACAUAGAGAAGAACGUGACGAGCGCUGCAGAGUAUGUAGAUGUGUCCAAAGAGGAAAUAAAUAAAGCGGUGGUAUACAAGAAGAACCCUUAUAAGAUAGCGACUCUCCCAAGCUUCUUCAAAUCCUUCAAGAGGCAAACCGCCGCUAAGACUGCUACUGAUUAAAACACCUCAGACCUAAACCACGACUGAGCUCCGGAACCGGUUUGAACAUCGACUGCAUCAAAAGGCCGCAGACAAGCCUUGCAAUCCAGCUCAUGAGCCAACCUGUGGACAGCUUAAAGGACAAAUGCAGGAGUGGACACUAUUGUACAACCAAAAUAAUAAUAACAAUAUCAACUUCUUUGUGUAUGUUUACAGACUCCCAGUCCUCAGACUCAGGUUUGCCCCAUUUCGCUCACAAUAAGGAAACUCUUUGUUUUAUUUAUCAAGUAGCUGAUGUUCCUCUUGGUGGCCAGUAGGUGGCAUGACUGCAUCAGGGUCGUGUAAUUCCUCUUUGCAGUCCUGCUGGUAUUUUGGGGGGGUUUUGUAUUGUCAUGUCAUGUUGUCUAAAUGUCAAAUAAUAGAAACAUCAGUUGUGUGGAUAAACAUUAGGACGCUAAAUUAAAUCUGCUGUCCAUUUGUUA